GAUCAAGAUAAGAUGACAGACCCUCAGUCGCUAACCCUGAACUCUUUAUGGUAGCAGAACACACACUUCCUCAGAAUACACAUUCAUUCACAGCUUCCACCCCGAUGGUCUAAAGCAGGCAUGACAGAAACUCGAACGGGGAUCGUGGCAGGGAUGGAACCAAAUAGUGAAAUAACCAAAGAGAAGUAUGGUGUUGAUAUCUCCUCCAUAAGGGAGGCACAAGUGCGCAUCGACCCAUACAUACACAAAACUCCAGUCUUUACCUCAGGAAGUCUGAAUGACAUGUGUAGAAGGAAGCUGUUUUUCAAAUGUGAAUGUUUUCAGAAAGGUGGGGCGUUCAAGUUCAGAGGCGCGUGCAAUGCCAUAUUUUCACUUAAUGAAGAUCAGGCAGAUAAAGGGGUUGUAACUCACAGCAGCGGCAACCACGCUGCAGCAUUGGCUUUGGCUGCAGACUUGCGGGAUAUCCCAGCAUAUGUAGUUAUACCCAACAAUGCUCCAAAUUGCAAAAUUGAGAAUGUGAUACGUUACAGUGGUCAAAUUACAUAUUCUCAGCCUACAUUACAGUCAAGGGAGACUACCACAACAAAGAUCAUGCAAGAAACUGGUGCGGUUCUCAUCCAUCCUUAUAAUGAUGUGCGCAUAAUAAGUGGGCAGGGUACCAUCGCAUUGGAGCUUCUGGAGCAAGCCCCAGAAAUUGACACUAUAAUAGUUCCUAUUAGUGGGGGUGGUUUGAUAUCCGGGGUGGCAUUGGCUGCUAAGUCCAUCAACCCUUCCAUUCGAAUUUUGGCUGCUGAGCCUUGUGGAGCUAAUGAUGCAGCUCUAUCCAAAGCAGCUGGAGAGAUUGUAAAGUUGCCUGAAACCAACACCAUUGCAGAUGGUCUUCGAGCUUCUCUUGGAAGUCUUACCUGGCCAGUGGUUCGAGAUUUGGUUGAUGCUGUUAUAACAGUGGAAGAUCACGAGAUAAUAGAAGCCACGAAACUCUGUUAUGAGGUUCUGAAAGUCGUAGUAGAACCUAGCGGAGCUAUAGGCCUUGCAGCUGUUUUAUCUGAUAGUUUUCAGAAUAACCCUGCCUGGAAGGAUAGCAACCACGUGGGAAUCGUGCUUUCAGGAGGUAAUCUGGAUCUUGGUGUUCUUUGGGAUUCAAUUUGCGGCCUGUAACUCUUUCUUUCCCUUGAAAAUGAAGAUUUCUCUCUCGAUGAUUAAAUAACAUUUCUGUUUUGGGCUUACAUAUGUAUUCUGGCAAGAACAAAAAUAUCAUAGUGUUGUUUUUUUUUUUUUUUUGGAGAAUAGCAUUCAUGCGUUUUACAUGGCA